AUGAAAGCAUAUCAUAGUGCCACUGAUUUAUUUGCCAAUAGUUCUAGCGAUUUGGAUGACAAUAUUUCCUCAGAUCCAGAUAAUAUGCUAGCAGAAAUGCCUUAUCCCACAGGCACAGGUUCUAAUCGCACGUCGACCGUGAUAACUAGUCCUGCACCCUCUUAUAUCGCACAUCUUCCUUCAAAAUUAAAAUCCUUUUUCAGAAUAAACAGCUCUCAACACAAAAAAGAUGCAACGAUCGGUUCAAUGAGUGGACGCGGUAAUACUCGUGGUGGAAUAAGCUCAUCUUCCUCUUCAACAUCGGUUAUUUCAAAUGAUAGUGAGAAGAUUGUCACUGGCUGCACUCAAGGUGGAAUAUUGAAACAUAAGACAAUCGGACCGUGGUUUUUGAAAGAUCAAAGUAAUAAUCAAAAAUUGCGACGAGUAGCUUCAGCCCCCAACACAAAAACAUUGGAUGGUUCACAAAAAGUAUACAAAGAGAAUUAUUAUGAAUCCAAUAACAAUGUGUCGUUGUCUGUUCCAGAUAGACCUUUUCCUAGAAUGAAGCGUUCUGAAACUUUUAGACGGACAUAUUCCUCAAAUUCGAUCAAGGUCAAGAGAGUUGAGGUAGGACCAGAUAGUUUUCAGAAAAUUAAAUUAUUAGGAAAAGGCGACGUGGGUAAGGUUUAUCUAGUGAGGGAGAAAAAAACAAAUAAACUCUAUGCCAUGAAAGUUUUAUCGAAAAAGGAAAUGAUUAAGCGAAAUAAGAUCAAGCGGGCACUUGCCGAACAGGAAAUAUUGGCCACAUCAAAUCACCCUUUUAUUGUUACUUUAUACCAUUCCUUCCAAAGCGAAGAUUAUUUAUAUUUAUGUAUGGAAUAUUGCAUGGGGGGUGAAUUCUUUCGCGCUUUACAGACGCGACCGGGGAAAAGUCUUCAAGAAGAAGAUGCGAAAUUUUAUGCAGCAGAAGUCAUUGCCGCGUUGGAAUAUUUACAUCUAAUGGGUUUUAUUUAUCGAGAUUUAAAGCCCGAAAACAUAUUAUUACAUCAGUCAGGGCAUAUCAUGCUUUCAGACUUUGAUCUUUCCAAACAAUCUCAUCCUGCAAAUAUGCCAGGCAUUGUUAAAAAUAGCUCGGGAAAUGCGCCCCCUUCAAUAGAUACUAAAUCCUGCAUAGCAAAUCUCAGAACCAAUUCUUUCGUCGGUACAGAAGAGUACAUUGCUCCUGAAGUAAUUAAGGGCUGUGGGCACACGAGUGCAGUUGAUUGGUGGACGCUUGGAAUUUUAAUAUACGAAAUGCUGUACGGCUAUACCCCAUUUAAAGGUCCAAAUAGAAAUGCUACAUUUUCAAAUAUAUUAAGAAAUGAAGUACAUUUUCAGGAAACAAACGGUGCUCAAGCCAUCUCAGGCCUGUGUAAAUCUCUCAUUCGAAAGUUACUCUGCAAAGACGAAAAUCGGCGUCUUGGAUCUAAAGCUGGUGCAUCAGAUGUUAAAGCUCAUCCUUUUUUUAAGAACACUCAGUGGGCUUUACUUAGGCACGCAACUCCACCAAUUACUCCACAGCAGAGUUAUGGUGCCGAUGCAGUGAACUUUCGAAACAUUCAUGAAAGUGUUAGCUUAGAUAUGGAAGGCGAAAAAAUCGUUGAAUUUUCCGAAAAAAAUCCUUUCGAAGAAUUUAACAGUGUAACGUUACAUCACGACGGUGACGAUGAAGAAAUAUAG